AUGUGCAACGACGCGUACGGCGCCGUCAUGGUGGCCUCUGAGCUGGCCAAGGCCUUCAACUGCUCAGUUAACGACCUGCCGCUGUCCCUGGGCGCGUUGAUGGCGGUGACCUGGAUUGGCCCCAAGCUGCCCGCCUUCAUCACCCCAGAGGCGCUGCAGAUCGUGGCGGAGAAGUUCAACAUCAUGCCCGCGUCGCUGGCGGGCCCCGAGGAGGACCUGAAGAAGAUGAUGGCCAACAAGUGA